CGGGGAGCGAAUCCCGCGGCUCGGGGCGCACCGCCCGCCUCGGGGGGCCUGGGCCGGGUUCGCUCUCGGUGCCGCCGCGGGGGCAGGCGGGAGGAGGCGGCGGCACACCGAUUGCCUAACGCCGCUCCGGGCUACGCGCUUUUCCGACGGAGCAAGCGCGGGAGCUGCUGUAGAGGCCGGGUGGAGCGGAAGGAGCUGGGCCCGCUCCCCGAGGCCUGCCGCCGCCCCGCUCCCAGGGUGCCCCGGCCCAGGCCAGGAUCUUAACUUGCCAAGAUGCCCAUCAGUGUCGAUGAUGUGAUGCAACUGUUCUGCCACCUCUCUCAGGAGAAGGGGAUGAAAGCUGCUCUCAAACACUCUGGUCGAGGAGCACUGCUGGCAGGUGCAACAGCACUUAUUGGGGGUCUGGUGGGAGGUCCACCUGGAAUCGCUGUAGGAGGAGCAUUUGGUGGACUGCUUGGUGCCUGGUUGACUAGUGGACAGUUCAGGCCGGUCCCUCAGAUUUUAUUGGAAUUGCCUCCUGCUGAGCAGCAGAAACUCUAUGAUGAAGCCAUUGUUAUUCUCAGGCGCUUAGACUGGACUGAUAUUGCUCAGCUGACUGCUCUUGUAAUGGGAAAUGCUAGUCUCCAGCAGAAGUUGACAGCAGUGCUGAUAAAUUACUUCUCCAAAGAGCUAAGAGCAGAGAUACAGUAUGGAGAAUAAACCUUUCCGGAGCAGGCAUUUUACAGUGUAACGAAUUGUACUCUGACAAGUGUGAUUCUUCAACAUAGCAAUUAUUAAUUAUCAGUACUAAUUAUGAAUACAGGCAGAUCUAAGAAUUAUUUUGGUGUUGGGAUUUGUUUGGGGGGUUUUGGGUUUUUUUGUGUUUUUAUAAGGAUAGUAUUAGAUUACUGCAUUAUCCUGACACUGACUUGCUAUGUAAUUUUGAAUUAUUCUACACUAGGACUGAAUUCAGAAUCACUGAAGGGAAUUAUGCUUCUCUUGUACUAAUGUAUCACUAGUUAAAACUUUCAAAGUCAUUGUGUUUUGUUUAGUAGCUUUAAUCCUGUUUAAGUGCUUUAAUUUUCUUCUGUGAAUGAUGUAGAGGUGCCAAAGUAGCUGGGGCACCUUGAAGAAUUUUACGUACUGUUUCAGUCCUGCAAAAGAAAGUUAUAAGAAAGUACAUUAUUAUACUGUGAAGUCAACAAUCUCAAUCCUUACUUUACUCUUUGUCACAUUCUGAUUGUAAUUCUUGAGUUAUUUAUUCCUUUCUGUAACAAGUGAAGCCACAGCCUAAACAAGAUUUAAAGCAACAGGUAAACAAACUGCACAAUUAGUAGUUCCUGCUGUCCUAGAAUAGGAAAGCAUGGCAAAAAUAGUCUUUUAAAAAAAUCCGAAAUGGCUGAAUCUGCCGGUUUUAUACUAUCCCUAGGAUUAGGGUUGUCAUUUCAUCAAUGAUUUCUUUACUGAAACUGAACAGCUUGUCCUCUGUUUUCAUUAAAAUAUUCAUAAGAAA